AUGUGUGGAAUAUUUGCUGCUUAUCAAGUGCCGGAUGUUAAGGCUUUCAAGCCGAAGGCUCUCGAGUACUCCAAGAGAAUCAGACAUAGGGGUCCAGAUUGGUCCGGUAACAAGGUUGUUAACAACACCAUUUUGUGCCAUGAAAGAUUGGCUAUCGUCGGUCUUGAGUCUGGUGCUCAGCCUAUUGCCUCAAGUGAUGGUAGAUACAUUCUCACUGUUAACGGUGAAAUCUACAACCAUAUCAAAUUGAGAUCUGAACUUUCUGAGUACGAUUUCCAAACUCUGUCUGAUUGUGAAGUGAUUAUUCCUUUGGUUGAAAAGUACGGAAUAGAUGCUCCAAAGUACUUGGAUGGUUUGUUUGCAUGGGUUCUUUAUGACACUAAGGAAGAUAGAAUUGUUGCUGCCAGAGAUCCUGUUGGCAUCACCACUUUAUACAUGGGAAGAUCUUCCAAGAGUCCAAAGACUGUUUUCUUUGCCAGUGAACUUAAAUGCUUAGUGGAUGAGUGCGAUGAAAUUAUUUCUUUUCCUCCUGGUAGUGUCUACGACUCGAACACUGACAAGAUCACUCGUUACUUCAGGCCUGAUUGGUUCGACGAAAACAGAAUCCCUCACAAGCCACUCGAUUACUUGGCUAUUCGUCACAGUCUAGAGAGGGCUGUGAGAAAGAGAUUGAUGGCUGAGGUUCCGUUUGGUGUCUUGCUUUCUGGUGGUCUUGAUUCUUCUUUGGUUGCUGCUAUUGCUGCCAGAGAGACCGCUAAGGCUAAUUACGAGUGUCCAUCAUCCACAAAUUUGACUGAAAAGACCGGUAAGACUUUAACUGGUAUGGAUGAUGCGGGUCAUCUUCGUUUGUCCUCCGGUUGGUCUGCACAGAGAUUGCACUCUUAUGCAAUUGGUUUGCCCGGCGCUCCAGACUUGGGUGCUGCCCAGAAGGUGGCCAAAUUUAUUGGAACCAUUCACCACGAGCAUAACUUCACUUUACAGGAGGGAUUUGACGCUUUGAAGGACGUCAUCUAUCAUUUGGAAACUUAUGAUGUCACUACCAUUCGUGCCUCUACUCCAAUGUAUCUUUUGUCCAGAAAGAUCAAGGCUCAAGGUGUGAAGAUGGUUUUGUCAGGUGAGGGAUCCGAUGAGAUCUUCGGUGGUUAUUUGUACUUUGCCGCUGCACCAAGUGCGGAUGAGUUCCAUACUGAGUGUGUUAAGAGAGUCAAGAAUUUACACUUGGCAGAUUGCUUGCGUGCCAAUAAAUCUACCAUGGCCUGGGGUUUGGAGGCUCGUGUUCCAUUCCUUGAUAAGGAAUUCUUACAGCUAUGCAUGAACAUUGAUCCGAAGUACAAGUUGAUUGAUCAGAAGUCUGGAAAGAUUGAAAAGUACAUUCUUAGAAAGGCAUUUGAUACUUCUGACGAUCCUAGUGAAAAGCCUUACUUGCCAAAGGAAAUCCUAUAUAGACAGAAGGAACAGUUCUCUGAUGGUGUCGGUUAUUCGUGGAUUGAUGGUCUAAAGGAUUUGGCAGAUAAGCAGAUCUCUGACGAAGAGUUUGCCCAUCCUAAGCCCGAGUGGGGUGACGAUAAGCCUCACACCAAAGAGGCUUACUUGUAUAGGGUGUUCUUUGAUCAGCUUUUCCCAUCUAAGGCUGCAGCAUCCACCGUCAUGAGAUGGGUUCCAAAGGCCGAAUGGGGUUGUGCAGAAGAUCCUUCUGGAAGAUACGCCAAAAUCCACGAUGCUUCUGUUCUGCCAGAGAAUAAAUAG